UCUAAUUUGAUGUUGAGUUUUUCACUUUUUUUAACAAGCAUGUUUUUGGGUGGAUACACAAAGUUUUUUGCGUCAUCGAAGUUAUAGAAACGACCUACACGCCAUGUAGACAAGAAGCACUUCAGAUAAGUCGAGCGGGUCAGAGGUGACAGAUUAUCAGCCAGCCAGAUAUCCAGGACCCAAUUAGCCUAAGGGCCAGAGACGAUAAAGCGCCCUUCUUAUCCCUUCUUAUCAUUGCAACCAAACACAUCAGCCCUUAGACCAAUUAAACUAAUUAAACAAAUAUGUAUAAAACCCCUUGUAUCUACUACGAAGGGGCUCACUCUUACUGUUGCGUUCUGUCCGUCAUAGUGUCGGUUCCACUGUUGUAAUCUUUUACAAUAAAACUUCCUUUUUUAAAAAGUCUCUUCCGCAGAGCGGUUAUUUAACUGGCGCCCGGAACAGGGACCGCGAAGCUAAAAUUCGAAAAAAGUCGUAACCAUUUGUCUCGCAGUUGCGUCCAACCGACCCAACGAGAAUUUUUAGCGAGCAUAUCGUUGCUUUAAAUCGCGGUUCAAGAACAAAUUCAAGACCGAAGAGAUCUCCGGCUACGGCCAUUUGUCCCAUCCAGGAGCGGUCAACGUGAAAAAUCGCCUCAAGACGGAGAAAGGAGCAGGAACCAAGAAGGAAGACGGCCUGGCGAAGAAGAACACCAACGUAGAAGUGAGUCCUCAUCUUUCGCCUUCCAAAUUAAUCUUUCCUUCCCCUAUAACCACUAAAAUGUCUCAGAAAAUUAACUAUAAAAUUGCAAAAGAGGAUUAUGAUCACAUCCCUUUCUUUGAUGGAAACCCUUCUCAAUUAGCACUUUUCUGUGAAAUUCUUGAAACAGCCUAUAGUGUCCUUUGUGCUGAAAAUAUAGUAGAAAGAGAUUAUAAUCAUAAUAUUUUAUUUAUAAAAACAAAGAGCAAGUUAGUUGGCCCUGCCAGAAAUGUACUCCUGUCACAUGAAAUAAAUCAUUUAUUGAUACUAAUUAAAAUUUUAAAAGAAAACUUUGCACACGCAAGAUCUUUCGAAAUUCUUAAAGAAGAAGUUAUGCGUACUAGAUUAAACCCAAAAGAAUCCCCUAUAGAAUUUGUGAAUAGAGUUCAGGGUUUGCGAAAUCUUGUCUAUAUCCGACUUAAAUUAGAUGGAUUAAGCUCAGAAGCCCUUAAAGAACUAAUGAUCAGAAUAGACAAAGAAAUAAUAUUUCAUAUAUACAAAUGUUUACCCCCUGCCCUAAGCAACUAUAUUAUGAUCUUUAACCUCGAGUCUUUGGAUGAUGUUAGAAGCACAAUGUAUAACAAAUGUUCUUUGUUACUCUCAAACGUACAAGUUUUCUCUAAUGGUCCUAAACAUUUUCAGCACAACAACAAUCAAUCCAAAUACAUUAACACUACGUUUGACAACAGACACAAAUUCCACUCCAAUAAUUAUCAUGGUCAACACUUCAAAAAACCAGACAAUUGCAACGAUCCUAAUCACCCUUUUAAUAGGCCAAGACCAUUUAUUAAACGCGACUCUCAGAACACAGUUUCUAUGCGAUCGGUGGGAAAACCUCGAAUAUCAGAGUUGAGGUCCCCGUACGAAUUAACACACUGCGUAAAAGCAAAAACAAACCAUACUUCGAGAGACAGAAUUAACAGAUUAGAACACAUCAUCCAUACAUUGACAGAAAAAUUUGACCAUUUUUUAGAACUCGGCAAAGAAUCGAAAGGCAGCCCCCCGAGUAUCAAAUAAACUGCAUCUCUCAGUCCCUGCCACAUUUUGUUGAUAGAUUUGGAUUCAUAUGGUUAAUCGACACUGGAUCUUCAGAAAAUUAUAUUACCCCUCACGCUGUACCCGAAAACUUAAUUCUAAACAAUGACACUUUUAUAAUUUCAACUCCCACAGGAAAGAAAAACGGAGAAAAAUUUUGCAAUUUAGA